AUGUAUAGCGACACUCGAGACACUUGCACUGGACCUACCUCUUCCUCUCCCAGCUCCUACUGGAUGCUAGACCAGGAUCACACCGGCUGGCCACGAGGAUAUGCCCCACAUGUCUCAAACGCCAAUUACCCUGUCUGGCGCAACGUAAAAGACUAUUCUGCCGUAGCAGAUGGCUCUGGUGACCAAACAAGUAGCAUUCAGAAUGCCAUCAAUGAUGACGGAUCGAAUGGCAGUCGUGAGAGCAAGGGUGUGACUAGGUACCCUGCUGAAGUCUUCCUUCCCGGAGGCACCUACCAGUUGGGUAGCACUUUGAACCUGCGUGUCGGCACAGUGAUCACUGGUGAUCCUUUGAACCCGCCAGUCCUGAAAGCAUCCGCUGGUUUCAACGGCGAUACUCUCAUCAAUGGAUUCGAUAGCAAGAACGGUCAGCCUGAGACGAGUUUUAUGACCCUCGUGCGCAACGUGGUGAUCGAUACCACCGCUCUCAGUGCUAGUACCAAGAUCACUGCGCUGCAGUGGGGUGUUGCUCAGGGAUCUGGCUUGACGAAUGUGAAAAUCCAAAUGCCUACCAGUUCCACUGGACAUACCGGUAUCAACAUCAGUGGUGGAUCAACGAUCGCGGUCACCGAUGUCGACAUCACGGGCGGCGCUGUCGGUAUCAAGAACUCGAACCAGCAAGUCAACUUCAAGAACAUUUACUUCAGACAAUGCACAACUGCGUUCCAGGCAUCCGGUGGCCAUACUGCGCUUUUGCAGGGCGCCACAUUCGACACUGUUGGAUAUGGAGUCGACAUGACCAGUAAUGGUCUCGGAAGCUUGGUCUUACUGGACUCCAAGUCUACCAACUCUGGCACUGUGGUGAAGUUCCACGAUUCCUCGAAUGAUGGCGGAAACCGUAACAGCCAGAUUGUUAUCCAGAAUCUGGCUCAUGACACCAACAAUGCCAUCGCUGUGGAUAGUAACAACAAUGUGAAGCUCGCUGCUACUGACAAGGUCGAUACUUGGAUUUGGGGUAACUUGACCCCGGGUCAGUACGUGUCAGGUCAGAGUCUCACAACUACCAGACCAGAUGCUUUGCUGUCCAAUGGCAAGUAUUUCACUCGUGCCCAGCCUACCUAUGCCGAAUAUGCAGCGGACCAAGUUGUCAAUGUCAAGGAUGUCAGCGGUCACACUGUCAAGGGUGACGGAUCCACUGACGAUGUUGAGUCUCUUAACGCCAUCUUGGCUGACAAUGCAGCCAACUGCAAGAUCUCCUACUUCCCAUACGGUGUCUACAUCGUCAAGGACACCCUCAAGAUCCCCGUUGGCUCUCGGAUCGCAGGUGAAGCCUGGGCAGUGAUUUCCGGCGCAGGUGACGCCUUCAAAGACGCAAAAAACCCUAAGCCCGUGGUCCAGAUCGGUCAACCAAACGACGUUGGCACUAUCGAAAUUCAAGACAUCCGCUUCAGCGUGGCGGAGAUCCUCCCAGGCGCUAUCAUUCUUGAAGUAAACGCUGCAGGCACAAACCCCGGCGAUGUCGCUCUGUGGAAUACUGCUGUCACCGUCGGUGGCACUGCCGAGACCAGCGUCAAGGAUAACUGUGAUAGCCAAGAUACAUCGCAAUGUAUGGCCGCAUUCAUGAUGAUGCACCUGACGAAGUCUUCAUCAGCCUAUAUUGAGAACUUCUGGGGCUGGACAGCCGACCACAACCUUGACGGUGGUUCUUCCAAAACGAUCAUCUCCACUGGUCGCGGAAUCUUGGUUGAAGCAACCAAGGGAACCUGGCUGACGGGCACAGGCUCCGAGCACAACUGGUUGUACAACUACAACUUCAAGUCAGCGCAGAACGUCUACGCAGGCAUGCUGCAGAGCGAAAGUCCCUACAUGCAAGGAGAUGGUGCCACGCAUCUCGCACCGGCACCAUGGACUGCUGAAGCUGAAUUCGGAGAUCCUGACUUCUCCUGGUGCGGUGGUGGUGACGGCAAGUGUCGCACUUCGCUGGCCACGAAUGUUGAUGGAGGUAAAGAUAUUUUCCUCUACAACAGCGCUGCCUGGGCAUUCUUCAAUGGGCAGUGGAACGGAGACUACGGUACUCAGUGUUCUGGAUCUUGCCAGACCAAUAUGAUGCGUGUUACCAACCAACCGGACAACUUGGUCUGGUACUCGGUCAAUACUCGGAAGACCGAUGUGAUGAUUUUGGAUGGUGAGAGUAACCCGACUGAGUACAACCAUCCUGGUGGCUGGGAAGCUAUUAUCCAGGGAUAUAGACAGUUCUCUUAG